AAAGCCAUUGCUGCUCUUCUCAUCCUCACAACCGCGAAAUGGCCGAAGAGAUCUCUCUCUCGCUCGAGGAGACAAACAAGCGGCGCAUAGAGCUCGGUCUCCGCCCGAUUCCAACCGACAGCAGCAGCAGCACUCCGACAGAGUCAGCAAAGGAGCCCCGCGCUGCCGCCACUGGAGAUUCUCUCGAUGAAUCGUCGCUUUCGAUCGAAGACACAAACAAGCUCCGUAUCAAGCUUGGGCUGCGGCCGAUUCCCGUGCCUGGAGACGAUGCGUCUGCGGGAGAUUCCGCUCCAGCGCCUGAUUCGGACGAGCAGGCGCUGGCGAACUGGAAGGCUAAAUAUGAACAAGAGCGGAUGCUGGCUGAUGCCGAGGCGGCGCGGAAACGGAUCCAGAAAUCGAAGGAGCGGAUCGAGAGAUUGCGGUUCCUAGAUGGCAAGGGAUUGGGUGACGAAGAUGAUGCCGACGAUGUCGACGCCAAGAGCUGGGUCAAGAAGGCAAAGAAGAAGUUCAAGAUCUCCGUGCCUGCAGACGAGGAGGAAGAAGAGGAGUCAAAGCCUGAGUAUUCGGCGAGCGAUUUGCGAGGGCUUAAAGUCGGGCAUGAUCUUGCUGAUAUCGCUGGUCAGGAAGAAGUGAUCUUGACGCUGAAAGACAGCAAUGUCUUGGACGAUGCGGAAGACGAACUUGUAUCACAAGCUCUCGAAGAAAAAGCAAAGCUGGCAAAGAACAUUGAAAGCCGCAAGCGAAAGGCAAAAUACUCUGGCUUUGAAGACGAAGACGACGGCAAGUCCGGCGUGCUGAGCAGGUACGAGGAAGCGCUCGAAGAGGACUCCGGCGUGAGUUCGAGCAAGAAAUUCUUUACACUCGAUAGCGAGGUCAUUUCGCUGGAAAACAAAAUCAUGAGCGCGGACCAGGUCAAGCAAAAAGCUGCGGACGAGGCGAAUCCGGGAAAGAUCAGGGUGUCACUGGAUUAUGAUAUCCCGGUCACGACGAGCUCGGAUUACAUGCCUGCGGAGCCUGUCAAGAUGAAGAAGCCAAAGAAAGCAAAGAAGGGGUCAAAGAAUGGUCGGCGGCGCCAGCGCGACGAAGACGACGACGAAGCAACCGUGCGGGACGGCGAUAACGACGUCGUGAUGCCGGAUAUGGAAGGCGACAUCAUUGAGCAAGACGACGAAGAUCUGCAAGCGCUGCUAACGAAGCAACGACGGGCGAUCCAGAAAAAGAAAAAAGCACAGUUCAUCACGCCCGAGAUGCUCGCGCAGUCCAUACGCGAACAGUCAGCAGCGGCAGCCGGCGUUGAAGAUGAACCCGCCGCAGGCGAGGGCGGCGAGCUGGUUAUCGACGAUAUGACUGAGUUUGUGGGUACGGUCGGCAACAGUCUUGCGGACGAGGAAGCGGAUCGGCAAAGGCUUGAGAAGAUGGCUGCCGAAGGUCUGGCAGAGCAGCAGGAGACGGUGGUCAAAGACGAGGACGACGACGUCAAGAUGGAAAACGCCGACCCUUACCUUGAAAGCUCUCACAUCAAGGAAGAGGAGAAAGAUGGUAACGCUAGUGACAAGGACGCUGAAGACGACGACGACGUACCCACCGGUCUUGGCGACGAACCCGAAAUCUCAGUAGGCCUAGGCGCCACGCUCUCGAUGCUCCGCUCGCGCGGUCUGCUCAAGACCCCCGACGCACAAGACCUCGAGCGCCAACGGAUCCAGCGCGAGAACCUGCAGUUCAAAGCCGAGAUGGCGCGGCGUCGCGCGCUGGCGGAGGUCGAGCUGAAGGCGCAGCGCGAAGCGGACCGGCGGAGCGGCAAGUACGACGGCCUGACGCAGCGGGAGCGCGAGGACGCGGCGCAGCGGGAGAACACUGCGCGGCAGAUCCAGGAAGGACGGGAUGCGAUGAAGCGGUUUAAGGAUUACAAGCCGGACGUGAAGCUGGAGUAUAAGGAUGAGUUUGGUCGGACGAUGACGACGAAGGAGGCGUUUAAGCAUCUGUCGCAUCAGUUCCAUGGCAAGGGCUCAGGAAAGCAAAAGACGGAGAAGAAAUUGAAGAAGAUUGCGGACGAGCGCAAGAAGGAGAGUAAAUCCCUUUUCUCAUAAUCUCCCUCGCGAAAGAGACGUUUGAUCUGGCCUUAUCAUCUCUUGACUGACCGAAAUGAGAGAAGUGAUCAGUUAUCUUAGCAGCCGGUCCAACUAUUCGCAGCGCCGGAGAAAGAAUCAAAAGGUAUUUCAUCUCUAUCUCUUUUUUCGAGACGAAAGAAAAGAUAAUAUCGGUUCUCCCGUUUCAUUCUACUAUAGUCAUUGCUGCGUCGUCAAUUCUGCUCUUUUCCAGCAGUUUUUUCUUUUUCUAUUCUUCUGCCUGUGUCGCUGGUGGGGUAAGUAUAUUGUACAUUAAGGUGGGUGUAGUUUGUCGUUUACGGAUCUCGUGUAUCUACAAAUAAUAAAUCGGCUGGAUCAUAG